AUUAGAAAAAGUUUCCCGUGUUGCUGUAUUUCUGUACGAGCUGCAUCCGUGUCGAGUCGCUGAGUUUUUUCGCCGAGUGCUGUUUUUGUUUUUUAACGAGGCGAGUGUUUCGGAGCUCGGUGGGCAGUUAACUUAUGAAGCCCCACUGUUUGGCCGCUGUCUCGUGGUGCAGAUACAUUUUCAAUCAUAAGCAAAAGUAUACGUAAGUUAAUUGUGUAUUAUCUAUACUAAAUAACCAUGCCAAUAACAAUAACAUUACAGUGAGUGCUGCGUGGAUUUAGUUGACCCGCAGCAUGGUGGUGUGGGCAUUUAACUGAGCCAUUUAAAUUCCCGUGCAGAGAAAAUGGCCUAAGCAUGAGAGACAUAUCUGCCUUAGGAUUAGCAAGGUGUUCACAAACUUUACCAGAACAACAGUUACAGAUUACCCGGGGCUUAAUAUUAGUGUUUGGUUGGUUGUAACAACAGAAACCCUGUUCGAUUAAAUCUUAAUAAUUUAGAGUUAGUUAGCAUAACUUUAAUCCGGCUUCACGCUAUGCUGUGUCUGAUGGAUGGUUGAAGACCAUGUUCAGAUUAGUUCCUUUCUGAGAACUUUGUCUUGUUUUGGAAACAUCUGUCUCAGCAGGUAAAACUUAACCUUUGAAGUCUCCUCUGGAUGGGAAAGAUGGAGAGGGAGUUGCAAUGGUGGAAAGGACAGCUAGCAGCAGAUAUCCAUCAGUCCCUCCGCAUCAAGGAGCUGAAGUUACCCGUCUACCGGGCCCAUUCUCCACAAAUUGGCAUGCGUCGGUACUUUGCAGACCUGUUGGCCAUCCUGAGUAAUCGCUACCAGCUAUGUCCUACAGCUCGUCACCUAGCCGUCUACCUGCUGGAUUUGUUCAUGGACCACUAUGAUGUUGCUGUCAAGCAACUCUAUGUCAUUGCCCUCUCCUGUCUGCUCUUAGCUAGUAAAUUUGAGGAGAAGGAGGACCGGGUUCCCAAACUGGAGCAGCUGAAUUCUCUGGGUUUCAUGUGCAGCCUGAACCUGGUACUCAAUAAGAGGGAUCUGCUCAAAAUGGAGCUUCUGCUGCUGGAGACCUUUGGCUGGAAUCUGUGCAUGCCCACACCUGCUCAUUUUAUUGACUACUACCUCCAUGCCUCUGUGCAGGAGGGUGACCUAUACAACGGCUGGCCCCUGUCGUCCUUCUCAAAAACCAGGGCUUUUAUGGACAAAUACACUCACUACUUCCUGGAAGUUUCACUGCAAGACCAUGCUUUUCUGAGUUUCCGACCAUCUCAGGUCGCUGCUGCAUGUGUUGCAGCAUCUCGCAUAUGCCUUCAGAUUACCCCUAGCUGGACGACUGCUCUGCAUCUACUAACGGGCUACACAUGGGACCACCUCACCCAGUGCAUUGAACUAAUGCUGCUUGCUCAUGACAACGAUGUUAAAGAGGCCAACAAAACCAAAUCCACCCCUCCUCACCGGCCCUCCUCCCUGCAGUCACAGCCCCAGACCUCUCAUCUCUCUCCAGUAUCAGCCAUCCAGAGACCAGCCUCCUCCUCUUCCACCUCCUCCUCCUCCACCACCACCACACCACAGCUGCUCUUCCAGCCUGACAGCUUCCCACAUCUUUCCCAGCAUUCCCCCUCCCUAUCUCAGCUGCAAGCAUUAGCGGACUCCCAGGGUCUGGGGCCUGUAGUGAACAUGUCUCAGGACUUCCUUCAGACCCACAGAAUGGGUAUGCUCACCGGGGCUGCUUCCAUGACUCCAGGGGGUGGGUUUCCCACCUACCCAAGCCUGACGUCUAGUCUCCAGCCAGGGGCCCGUGCUCUGCCUCUCCAAGGCCCCCUUUCUAUGCAGAUGGCACUUGCUGGAGAGCCACGCCAUUGUCUGAGUAUGGCCUACAACGGGGGCUACCUGGGAGCCCAUCACACAUUCGCAGCUGGCUGUUUUGACAGGUGACGCCAGGAGACGGAGAGGGAAAACAAACCCCUACGGGAGUACACUUCUAUACUUCCGUCCCAACUUCCUCCCCCAAAAGACCCAUUUACGGACCUCCUCUCUCUCUCCGUCAGUUCCGCAGCACCUUCAGUAUGUCCAGCUCCCCCACCCCCCACACAGAGACGCCUCAAACGUAAGCAAAGGUCCAAAGGCAAGACAGACCCUGUAGAAGUCAUCACUCUGACAUGACAAAUGCUUCACGGACUUGUAUGAAAUAAUAAGACACAAACUGUUAUAUUUUUAUUCUUAACUGGUUUAGUGAAUCUGUGUUGUUCUGUGACUGCCAUCACUGUGAAUGAGAUGAAAGCAGCAGUGUGACUGAACACCCGCCUCAUUCAGUGCCUGUUCUCAGUUGAGUUAUAGCUGAGCCAAUUUUAGAAGUACACAGAACCCAUACUAUCGGUGGUGAGGGUAUCUUGCUGCUUGACACUUUAA